AUGUCGCCUGCACUCUUCAACUCUCUGUUUAUUCUGCUCAUAUUCCUCCCUAAUGUGUCUAAGAACUAUUGUAACUGUCUUCAUGCAGGGCUCUCUCAGCUGGUGAGAACACAGCAGGUUGUCACAGCAACCCUGGGAGAAGAUGCAGUCUUAACCUGUGAACUCAUGACACCCAAAGACGUGCGUCAAGUCACCUGGCAGAAAGUGACAACUGGGCCGAAUGAAAAUGUGGCCACAUACAGCAAACGAGGUCCCAAUGUCAACCCACCUUUUCAGGGGAAAGUGGAGUUUGAAGAUGAGGGACUGCAGAACUGCUCUAUCGUCAUCAGAGGAGUGUCAAGAGGAGACGAGUCCUGCUACAAGUGUCUGUUUAAUGCCUUUCCAGAUGGAGCUAUCAGUGGAACGACCUGCCUCAAAGUCCAUGAGCUGUAUGGACCCUCACUCCUCAUCACACAAACCAACAACAAUCACAUCACUCUGUCCUGUUCUGCUACUGGACGACCUGUUCCUAUAGUAACCUGGGAUGACAUAAUGAUAGAACAUUCCACCAUGGUUGAUGUCACCCAUCCCAAUGGGACUGUCACUAUGACAACUACUGUAACAGUGGUAGUGUCCAGUCUAACUGACAAAGAAGUUAGGUGUGUUGCUUCUAUGUCCUUCAGUGAUGUCACCAAGAAUGCUUCCAUGGUGAUUCCAGCUUCAAUUACUGGCCAAUCUCAGGUCUCUGAUGAUGACAUGAUCAGUGGUACAGUGGUUGGUGCAGUGAUGGGUUCAGUGAUGGGUUCAAUGUGUCUCAUUGCUGUAUUCUGUGUAAUAUGGCUGCAAAAGAGGAGAAAAGACACCUCAUCCAGAAAACCCCCAGUUCCUGACCCUGAAAUCAGCAGGACUCCCUUAAAGACACCACCAACAUCCAAACAGUCAUACUCGUCAAGCAGCUCACCAAACAGCUCAACAAUCAAGCGGAGUUGGAGUAAGAACUCCAGUCCGUCACACAUGAUACAAUCCCUCAGAUCGUCAGACAAGUGCAGGAUACAACCAGCUCAGGAGGCUGUAAAGAAGAACCUUUUCAAUGACUACUGAGUGACUGUACUCAUAUUGCCACACACACACCUGAUCAUUCCUGACUAAUCUGGUUCAUGUUAUUUUAUCUUUAAAAGUCUGUAACAAUCAACCAGUUUUUUAAAAACAGUCCUUUUAAUGAUGUUGUUUUGAGCCUGUCAUAACAGUUAGCUUAGUUGCCUGGUUUGGCUCAGGUCAUGAUACUCUUGGGCCUUGGGAGAGUUGUGCAGGUCAGUUUAAAGAUUGUAAGGAGAAACCAAAAGGCUCUCUGAGACAUUUACAAAGACCACACGCGUAAGAGGGGAACAUCAAUUUUUUUGUACACUUCCACUGAACAAUCAAUAUGCAGUUCUGCCAUUAGGUAACACUCGGGUUUUGACCUCUUAAAACCAAGAGAGACGGCAUCAGUACUGCUUUUAAGUGUUUAUCUUGUAUAUACCUUGUAAGCAUGUGCAUCUGUCAUGUGUGUUGCUGUUGAUAUGUUUACUGUAUAUCUUUAUCUUGUGUUAUGUGCCACCACUGAUGUUCCUUCUGGGGAAAAAAUGUCAUUUGUUCUAUUCAAUUUAAGGUUUCAAAGGGAGGGUAUAUUACCAGUAAACUACCAGAAUUUUGGCAACUUUCAAGUUUUGGGGUGAAUUUUAUAAGAUCACAUUUAGUGAGGUUUUUUGGGUACUUCAGAUUAUCACGUGUCUGUAAUUAUCUUUGGCCCUCUGUGUGGCCUUAUCACAUGUAAAAUAUAUACAAUUUAAAAAUGAAUAGAAUGACUAAGAUGUAAAACAUUAUCCUAAAUGCAAAUCACCAUGAUUUGGGGUCAAACCGGUGGCAGUUGUGAAAAAAGUUGCAGAGUUAAUAAAAAAUAAUGCCGUUGUUGA